CCUCGUUCCUCAACCAUCACCCCUCCCUCUUCUUCAUCGUAAGUACGGCAUGCAAGCGUAGAGAUACGCUAGUCGUACCAGGCGGGCGUACAGAAGGAUCGCAGCAGUCGUAGCCGGCAGUCGAGUGCAGCAAGGACUUAGCUCGGACGGGAAGAUUGCGAAGGAAGGGCUAGCCUCUCGUGAUAGGCAGGUGAUGGGAAAGAUUGAGCAGGGAGCUCUGUCGCUGGAAGGGCAAAGGGAUGCAUGAUGCUUGGUGUUCUGCUGCCACUGCUACGACUGCUGCGUCUCAAGCCUCCUGGACUCGACCGCCUUCCAUUCAUCCAUUGUCGAGAAUUCGAUCCUAAUCUGCGUCUCCUCCCUCCUCUCCCCUCUCACAGUCAACAAUGGCCCCCACCAAGAAGGAAGGACGCAAGCAGCGUUCGGCUCUCCAGGACGUCGUGACCAGGGAGUACACCAUCCACCUUCACAAGCGCGUCCACGACGUCGCCUUCAAGAAGCGUGCGCCCAAGGGUGUCAAGGAGGUCAUCAAGUUUGCGCAGAAGGCAAUGGGCACCAAGGAUGUUCGCAUCGACCCCAAGAUGAACCAGGAGAUCUGGAAGCUCGGUGUCAAGGACGUUCCCAGGAGGGUCCGCGUUCGUCUUGAGCGCAAGCGCAACGACGACGAGGCGGCCAAGGAGAAGCUCUACACCUACGUCACCCCCGUCCUCGGCAUCACCGACUUCCACGGCCUGCAGACGGAGACGAUUGACGCCGAGUAAAUGCAGCAGCGCUUUCCCGCCAAAGCAUUCUCUCCUCCGUCAGCAUCGCAUCAUCACCCGCUCUCCUUUGACUCUUGCUCCUUUCAUGUAACACUUGUUCCACCUGGGCGCCGGGAGCUUUGAUCACCUUCUUCGGUGCUCGUAGUCCUCCUCGUCUUCUGGCUCGCCAUCAUGGCCUGUAUGUCCCUCUUUCGAGAGGUGCGUGCAAACGAUGGCAAAUGAGAAUCGUAAGAUCUUCUCAUCGUAAGGUAGCUGGGACGGCGUGAGCGUGGCCGUGCGUUUUCUACGUGUGUGUUCAGCCGAGAGACCGCCGAAGCUCUCAUGAUG